AUGAGUGACGAUCUAGACAGUGAUGACAUAUUAAGAGCAAUCGAAGCCCCUUCUAGUGAAUUUGACCCAAAUAUGGAUGGUGUAAGUGAUGAUGGUUGGGGCAGUAAUGUAAAUAGUGAGAUGGGCGAUACGGACGAAGACCCCGACUUCCUCCCUAGUGAUGACUCAGUGCCAGGCAGUGAAUCCGAUGACAAUGAAGUUGGUAAAAUAUCUCCACUUAUCGAUCGUCUAAACGACUCUUUCAAGAUGAAGAAAACUCCCGGUGAAGAUGUAGUGAUUGACGAAAGCAUGAUCCCGUUCAGGGGAAGACUUCUUUUUCGCCAGUACCUACCCAAUAAAACCCACAAGUACGGGAUUAAGGUAUUAAAAAUAUGUGACACUACUGGCUACACAUACAAGAUGAAAGUUUACAUGGGCGCCGGGACAGGAACUGAAGAUAACCUGACAUUAGCGGCAUCAGUGGUCAUGGAUCUCAUGAGAGAUUAUCUAGAUAAAGGGCAUACCCUGUAUGUCGAUAACUUUUACACCUCUGUCGAUCUUGCCCACAUGCUUUUAGCAAGGAACACUCACCUCGUCGGAAGUGUAAUCAGCAACAGGUCCUGGUUUCCCUCACAAAAAACCAUUCCUGGUAAUUCCGAUGACCAGUUGAAUCUGAAGAAGGGUCAAAUGAGCUGUCUUGAACACCCAAGUGGUAUUGUUUACACCAAAUGGUUUGAUAAAAGAGAAGUGAAAAUGAUGUCGACCAAACAUCCUGCUGAUUAUGUUGACACUGGGAAAAAAAAAACCAGACAGGGCGAACCCAUUCUCAAACCUCUUGUGGUUUUCGAAUACAACAAGGCGAAGAUGGGAAUUGAUGUUUCUGACCAGAUGUCAUCGUAUAGCACAGCCAUCAGAAAAUCUAUGCGAUGGUAUCAUAAAGUCGCAGAAGAGUUCCUGCUGGGUACAGCGGUCGUCAAUGCCUGGCUCGCCUACAAGGAUGCUGCGGUGGUCAACUCUCAAAGCACCCAGUUUGGUACCGUGGUCACGCUGUUCGUAGCCGGGUAUCUGACUGCAGGUCCAUGGGGUUGGCCCAGUAUCUUUUACAGCACUGGACUGUGUGGUGUGUUGUGGGCAGUGGCCUGGCUAUUUUUAGGUGCCAAUUCCCCGGACACCCAUCCUUCCAUCAGUGACAGCGAGCGGGAAUACAUCAAGGCAGCCUUUGUUAGCAGCUCAGAUCAAAGCAGUGUUACAUGGGAAGUGAAGAGUGGUAACUGCACAUACAGCCAGGCUUGCAAUAAUGUGCCUCGUACUACAUUAAGAUCUGAUACAAUAGAAGGCAUUACCAUUGUGUAA